AUGCUCACACCGGAUGACGCACGGGCGCGCACAUCGCCGCUGCCCGACGGCGAUGAGCUACUUUCGUCGCCCGGCCCCCUCUUCGACGCCUUUGCCAUCACGGACUAUCGCCGUCACGUGCUCGAGGAUGCAAUUGACGCCGGCGCCUUUGACGUCGUUUGCCUCCUCGCCGACCACGGCGCCGACAUCUCGGGGUCGUCUAGUCACCGGCUCCUCGCCCGCGCCCUCGGUCGCAGCGACGUCGAGACGGCGGUCUAUGCACUCGACCAUGGCGCAAAUGUCCGGUCCAUGAUCGAGGAGCAAACGCUGCUCCAGCGUAUGGUGCUGGCCGGAAAUGAGGCCAUGGUGGAGGUACUCGUGAGCGCGGGGGCGUACCUCGGCAGCCCGUGUGACCUCCAUGACAGCAUCGACUGGGAUUGCUCCCGGCGCUGCCAGCAAUCCGAAGCGCCCUUGGUCGCAGCAUACACGAGCAACCAGCCUCGCAUGGCGCAGCUCCUUCUGGACCUCCACGCACCGAUCGACGUGGUCCAAAAAGCCGCCCCUCGCAACGGCCUCCUGGCGCUCUGUCUACUGCAUCUGACAGACGAGUGCGCGCGCCGGUGGCAUAUCCUGCAGCUCCUCGAGCGAGGCGCCGCCACCAGCAUCCGCAAGCCCAACCAGGACGGGAUGACACCGUAUGCGCUGGCCACGUCGAAGGGUGCGACAACGGUUCGCAAGAGUUUUGAUGUUUACAUCAAGCCAUUCGACACGGCGCUCCCCGUCCGCCCGCCACAUGCCGUCUCGUCCUAG